AUGGGUUUCACCGACUUCGUCUCCGACGCUGGCCUCACUCUGCUCGACCACUGGGUCAAGACUCGCAGCUACAUUGUUGGCUACGGCCCAUCCCAGGCCGACGUCAAGGUCUUCCAGAGCUUCAAGGAGUCCCCCAAGGUCGAGAAGUUCCCCCAUGCGUACCGCUGGUACAAGCACAUCGCCACCUUCGAGUCCGAGUUCUCCCAGCUCCCAGGUGACCCAAGCAAGGCCGCCACCGCCUACGGCCCAGAGUCUUCUGAGCUCCCCAUCAACCCUGCAAAGGCACCCGAGAAGGAGGAGGAUGACGACGAGGUCGAUCUCUUCGGCUCAGACGAUGAGGAGGAGGACGCAGAGGCCGCCAAGGUGCGCGAGCAGAGAUUGGCCGAGUACGCCGCGAAGAAGGCCGGCAAGACGAAGCCAGCGGCGAAGUCCAUGGUCACACUCGAUGUGAAGCCUUGGGACGAUGAGACCGACAUGAAGCUCCUCGAAGAAUCUGUCCGUGCCAUUGAGAAGGAAGGUCUCGUCUGGGGUGCGUCCAAGAUGAUUCCCGUUGGCUUCGGUAUCAAGAAGCUCCAGAUCAACUUGGUCGUCGAGGACGAGAAGGUCUCGCUUGACGAGCUGCAGGAGGAGAUCCAGGACCUCGAGGAGUACGUCCAGUCUUCCGAUAUUGCUGCCAUGAUGAAGUUGUAA